UGUAUGUUCUGUUUCCCCCAGUGUGAGACCAUGCUUCCAUCGAACAGUACAGUUAUUUAAAAGAGUUUGUAGUUGUAGAAUCCACCAGUAUAACAUUUACACCAAGGAAACAUGUCGGAAUUAAAGAUUAACAAAAAAUUCGCGGAAAAAUACGACAAGUACAGGCAGAAGGAAGAGCUGCAGAAAUUAAAGGACCGCUUUGGAGAUCAGGAAGAUGAAGGUUCCUUUGACUCUUCGGAUUCAGAGUCUGAUGAGAGUGAAGUGGAAUUUGAUCCCAAACUUGAGAGGGAUUUUUACCGGACUCUGUCCCUGCUGAAGAAGAAAGACCCGCAAAUAUAUCAGCAGGAUGCACGGUUCUAUGCAGAGCAGGGAUCCAGCUCAGGUAGUGAUGAGAAACCGUCUACUUCUAAAAAGGCUGUAAAACCAAUGUUUCUAAAAGACUAUGAGCGCAAAGUCAUCUUGGAGAGAGGAGGAAAGUAUGACGAUGAUGACGAUAGCGCUGAUGAAGAGGCUGCCAGGAUGAUGGAGGAGAGAGCUGCAUCUCCCAGCUACAUUCAAGAACAAAAGGAACUGAAAGCGAGCUUUCGGCAGUUUGUUCAUGAUAGCUGUGAUGAGGCCAGUGAUGACGAAGAGCUGCUAAAACGCAGGAACAAAACGAAAGAAGAGAAGGACAAAGAGGAGGCUGAUUAUGUGGAGUGGCUGAAAGGACAAGCAGUGUUAGAGGAAAAUGAUGAGGUUCAGGACAUGAAAUAUCUAAGAGAUUACUGGAACGACCCACAGCUGGAUGAUAAAGAGACAUUUUUACGAGACUACGUACUCAACAAAGGAUACCUGGAGGAGGAUGAGGAGGAGAAAAUUCCCACCUACAAUGAGCUCAUGCAGGAAGAUGUAGAAGACUCUGAGGAGGAAGGAGAAUCGUUUUUGCAGAAGCAAGAGGACUUUGAGAGGCAUUACAAUUUCCGUUUCGAAGAGCCCGAUGCUCAUCAGGUCAAGACCUACCCCCGCAACAUUGCCACCUCUGUCAGGAGCAAAGACGAAAGGAGAAAGAAUAAAAGGGAGGAGGUGAAGGAGAGAAAGCAAAAAGAAAAGGAACAGAAGCAGCAGCAACUAAAGGAGCUAAAGAACCUGAAACGAGCAGAGAUCAUGGACAAGCUGAAAAAAUUGCAGGAACUGACCGGAAACAAGGAGCUGGCCUUUAGCGAGGUGGACUUGGAAGGAGACUUUGAUCCCCAGCACCAUGACCAGCUCAUGCAGAAAUUUUUUGGUGAUGAAUACUACAAAGAGGAUGAUGAGCAGAAACCUCAGUUUGAUGAUGACGAUGAGUUGGAAGGACAUUGGAAUUGGGACACUUGGACAGGUGAAGAUGAGGAAGGCUAUGAAGAGGAGGAAGAGUAUGAAGCGGAAGAGGGGCAAUACGAGCCUACUUGCGAGGAUCCGGACUUUAUUAUGGAUGCAGAUUAUGACCCAAAUCAGCAGACUCUGUCUAAGAAGAAAAAAAAGAAACAGAAGGAGCAGCGGAAAAAAAAGACCGCAGAUGACGCCCCACUCAUGGGCAAAAAGAAAAGGAAAUCUCAUUUUGCUGAAAUCAUCACGCAGAGCAAACCAGUGUUCGAUCCACAGGAGAAGACAUUUGAGCAAUACCUGGAUGAAUACUACAAACUAGACUACGAAGACAUCGUAGAUGACCUUCCCUGCAGAUUCCGCUACCGACAGGUCGUCCCUAAUGACUUCGGCCUGACAACCGAUGAGAUCCUGGGAGCAGAUGAAAAAGAGUUGAAUCGCUGGUGCUCGCUGAAAAAGACCUGCAUGUACAGGUCAGAGAGGCAAGAGCUUUGUGACGUGAAGAAUUAUCAAAUCAAAGCACAGAACAUCAAUAAGAAGAAACAAGUGUUGGCUUCCGUGUAUGCUGAGAAUGAUGAGCAAUUUGGGGAGUCAAACACUAAGGUGAAAGUGGGUAAGAAGAGAAGGGAUCGCAUAAAGAAGACAGAGCUUGAGAAAGAGAAGAUUCCUGCGACGGAGGAGGAGCAGGAAAAGGAGCGCAUUCAGGAUGUAUCAGUAUCCGUCCCAGCAGAAAAUAUAGCAGCUCAAGCACUCGGGGACAUGGCUGAGGAGGAAGAGGAUGAUGCAUUGUUCCUGGUGCCUAAGAAAAAGAUGAAACUGGAAAAGACCUCAGAAACACACAGGACUGAAAAGCCAAAAAGGCCAAAGAAGAAUAACUGCCGUCCAGGUGGACGAGUGCUUUCUACGGCUUUGAAGGUGAAGAUGGGAGGCCGGGAGUUCAGCAGACAGAGACUGUUGGCCUACGGCCUGAAUCCCAAGAGGCUGCAUUUCAGGGAAUUUUACAGACAGAAAAGAAAAGAGAGAGAACAGAAAGAAAAGAAGGAAAAGCUUAAAAGCAAAGAGACAGAGUGAUGUAGUCUUAAUGCAUUUUAGAUUGUAACACGAGAACAAUUUAUGGUCUUGAUUGUCAUCAGGUUCAGCACUUGCUUAAAAAGUUAGGCAAGGAAACAUGACUAUCAGUGUACAGGAUUUUACAAGGAGUUAAACUAUAGCGAGGAUCAUGCUGUGUAUCUGUUUGUUUGUUUAAUAUAUUUUUUAUAUAUAUUAUCAAGUUUGAUUAGACUUGAUUAUUGUUUUAUCAUGAAUCAUAAACAUGGAUAUGGUAUUUUC